GGGGCGGGGCGGGGCGGGGCGCUGCAGCAGCAGGAGCCGCCGGGGCAGCGGAAUCAAAACAAGCGGGACCCGCCUCCCGCCCCUCGCCCGCGGCCGCGCUCCGCUCCGCUGCCCCGCCAUGAUCCGCGGGCCGCGGUAGCCGGCGGAGGGCGCGGCGCGGGGCGAUGCCGAACCAGAAGAGCAGCAAGGGCAGGAAGAACAAGCGCGCCAACAGCAGCGGCGACGAGCAGGAAAAUGGAGCCGCGGCGGCGGCUGCAGCGGGAGCCGGAUCCGGGCCCGGGGCCGGGGCGGCGGCAGCAGGAGGGGCGGCGGCGGCGGCGGCCGGGGGAGCGGCGGCGGCGGCGGCAGUAGCAGCUCCGGCGGCGGCGCUGGGCAGCGGGGCGGCGGCGGCGGCGGCGCUGGGCGGCGGGGCGGCGGCCGCGGGGGCCGCGGUGGGCGGCGCCGGCCCCGGGGACGUCAAGCCGGAAGCACCUUGUGCUACUCCACUGAUAUGUAGUUUUGGAAGGCCUGUUGACCUUGAAAAGGAUGACUACCAGAAGGUUAUAUGCAACAAUGAACAUUGCCCUUACAGCACCUGGAUGCACCUUCAGUGUUUUUAUGAGUGGGAAAGCAGCAUUCUUGUCCAGUUUAAUUGUAUUGGCAGAGCAAGGAGUUGGAAUGAAAAACAGUGUCGCCAGAACAUGUGGACAAAGAAAGGAUAUGAUCUUGCUUUUCGCUUUUGCUCCUGCCGAUGUGGACAGGGCCACUUAAAGAAAGAUACUGAUUGGUACCAAGUGAAACGCAUGCAGGAUGACAAGAAGAAAAAGUCUGUGGCAGAGAAGAGCACAGGAAGGUCCAUGGGAGAGUCUGCAGAAGAUGCUAAAAAGGGCAGGCCUAGUAACAAGCCACAGAAAGGUUUAAGUCAUGAUAUUCAGCGAAGGCAUUCAAUGGACAGACAGAACUCUCAAGAGAAAGGUGUAGUUAGUGGGGGCUAUGCUGUUCGUUCUCCCUGUGGCUCUCCUGGCCAGUCCCCUCCUACAGGCUACUCCAUUCUUGCCCCUGCACAUUUCAGUGGUCCCCGUUCUUCACGCUAUUUAGGAGAAUUUUUAAAAAACGCCAUUCACCUGGAACCACACAAAAAGAAUAUGGCUGGUGGCGGGAUGUUCAGAAAUGCCCAUUUUGAUUAUGGGGCAGCUGGGCUGCAAGCACAUAGGUCAGGACAUUUUGAUGCGCCUGUGCAAUUUUUGAGGAGGCUUGAUCUAUCUGAACUUCUCACUCACAUCCCAAGGCAUAAACUGAAUACUUUCCAUGUUCGGAUGGAAGAUGAUGCCCAAGUGGGUCAAGGAGAGGACCUUCGGAAGUUUAUUCUUGCAGCACUUAGUGCCAGCCACAGAAAUGUUGUAAAUUGUGCGCUGUGCCACAGAACAUUGCCAGUGUUUGAACAGUUCCCACUUGUGGAUGGAACCCUGUUUCUUAGUCCGUCGCGACACGAUGAAAUUGAAUAUGAUGUUCCCUGUCACCUUCAAGGAAGGCUUAUGCACCUUUAUGCUGUUUGUGUAGACUGCUUAGAAGGAGUUCACAAAAUCAUCUGCAUUAAGUGCAAGUCCCGAUGGGAUGGAAGUUGGCACCAGCUGGGAACUAUGUAUACCUACGAUAUUCUGGCGGCUUCUCCCUGUUGUCAGGCUCGACUGAACUGUAAGCACUGCGGAAAGCCAGUCAUUGAUGUACGGAUUGGGAUGCAGUAUUUCUCAGAGUACAGCAACGUCCAGCAGUGUCCACACUGUGGAAAUCUAGACUACCAUUUUGUGAAGCCAUUCUCUUCAUUUAAAGUUCUGGAGGCUUAUUGACAAAAGCUUUGCUUUAGUAAUAGCUAUUUUAUGGGUAUUACUACUUUAUUACAUAUCUUUUAUAGGAUGCAUUCUGUGACAGAAUUAAUUUCUUUUCUAACUGAAAGAGCAGCUCCUUGUCUGUGUACACAUUAAGAUAUGUGUUGUUAAGACCAGGGUCCUCCUGGCAGAUGUCAGUUGAAGGUUGUAGGAAAGCCAAUUAAUGGCCUUGAAGUAUGUCCUAAGAAUGGGGGAAAAUUCAGCUGGAAGUGGACUGGUUUUAUUUUUCAUGUUAUCAUGAUAUAGGAAAGGUUGGAAAUGAGAGCUCUUAUGGGCCUGUAGCUCAUAUGGCUGGGUGGGAAGAGGAAAGCCUCAUAAAGGGUGCAGUCUUAUUACUGCUGAAUUUAUUAGAGUCUUUGCUAUUGAUGCCAUUGGGAGCAGAAUUUGUCCCUAAGUUCAUAGUAGCAGUAGCAGAUCUGUUGUUUAGAUUCCUCAGAAUUGAGUAAACUAAAAUAUUGUGACGAGUGAAUGUAAAUCUAUGCCAGAAAAUGCAGCCUUUAAAAAAUGUUGGGGUUUUUUUUUCCACUUUUGGCAUAGUGUCUUCCUGCAGUGUAUAUUUGACAUCCGUUACCCUCACUGACAGAUCAUAUGGAGAUAGUACUGUUUCCACCAGUAUUGUAAUUUUAGCCAUCGGGUAAAUGAUUUAUACCAAAACAAGUUUGAGAUUUUAAAACACUUUAUUUAAAGGUAUUCUUAUUUUUUAAAUAUUUUAGGAAUCUGCUGUGUUACACACAGAAGGAACAGAGAGUGGUAUGGUCUAUGGCAAAGCAGCUAUAGAGAGGAGUGUGUGCAUGUUUGCGUCUUGAGGCUGGACCUUUUCAGGUAGCAUGCCUCAGACCAGUAUGUCUGACUUUGAAAGAAGACCCUAAAGUGUGAUCUGUAAGAUCUGUGGGGUAUUUGUGCCAUUUUAGUGUGAGUGUGUCAUGAAGAGGAUGUUUGCACUGAUAUGGUCACCCACAAGAAGCCUGAGCUAUGUGAGAUGCCCUUCCCCAUCUAUAUCAUAUCCCGCAGCCUGUGCCAAAACCAUCCAUAUUGUGAUGUUUAAUGCUUGAGCAUAGUGGCAAGAUGUAUUCCAUGUUGUCUUAUAGAGCCCUUCCAGGUAUUGAUCUCCAGGUUUCUUGUCUCUGCCUAUGGGCUGUUGGAGAGAGGAAGUCAAGAACCAGGGAACUGUGGGGUUGCUGAUACUAGUGCAGGAGCUGGUGAUCUGUGGUGCCUCAUAAGUUCCAAACACGCUGCAGAAAGAGUGGCAGUGGGAAGUGAGCAGGGGUGGGGCUGAUUUCAUGCCCCAAACUUCAGGAGAACUUCCAAAGUUGGGUUGGGCUGGGCUGCUGCCAGGACUCAAGCUAAAGGACUUAGUGUAUAUGGUUGGUGUAUAAAGGUUCGAGGCCUUAAGGUCAACUCUUAAUCAUCGGUAUAGACUUGGUUGAAUUCAUUUAAAGCAAACACUGCACCUUUGUCUUUCAAAACUAUCCAAAUUUAGUUGAGAUUCUGAGGACUGGGAGACUAUACUAAAGAAAAAAAAAAAAGAAAAAAAAAGUAAAUGUUUUAAAAUUAUUUUUUUAAAUACCUAUGCCUAGCAGACUGUACACCAGAAAAUUAAUUUGUAUCAGAGGGGUAACCUUUGUCAAUGUUCUGCUUCUUGGUUUCUACAUUUUUAAUGCAGAAAUUUAAAAAUAAAACGUCCUACAUCUAUUACUUGGUUUUAUAAGAUCAGUCUAAGUUAUUUUCAUGCCAUGUUCAUCAUGAAUUCUUUUCCUGAGUCAAGAAUUGCUGUUGCAUAAAUAGAAUACUUUUUUUUAGAAGCUGUAAGAUGCUGUGUUCAAACAAAACACAGUUUUCUUGCAUUGGAAUUUUUCAGAAUGUGUUUUGUUUGAAGUAUGUAUUUUAAAUGGCUUUGACAUGCUGCACACCCCAUAAUGGAAGCCUAACCCCCAAACCAAGCAAAAAUGAAAACCUGUCACAUUCUGUAUAGGUAGGCUUUCUACCAGUUUAAAUACAAUACUGUUUACAUAGUACUUGAAUAAUCUGGCUAGGUUAUUAAAUACUAAAUAAUCCUCCCCAUUGGCUAUGCGUAGGGAGUACACACAGGUGCACAUGCAUCCCCUGAGAUUUGGCCGUGCACCUCCUGGAAGCACCAGCUGUGAAACUGGAAGUGCACUUCCAGUUUCGCCACUGGCUCGGCGAUCAGCUGCUGGGGGACCUCCUCUUCCCCCCACCCCCAGUCGGCGAUCUGGUGCCUCCCCAGACUCGGGAGGCACCAGUCGCCCAUGAUCCUCUCCUUAUUAAUGUGUUCUUAUGGUUUCAGGGGUUUAGGUUGUAGCCGUGUUGGUCUAAGGAUAUAGGCAGACAAGGUUCCUUGGGUGAAUUUGAUAUCUUUUAUUAGACCAACCUAAAUGGUUGGAGAAUAGUUAUUAAGCAAGCUUUCGGACGAAGGGUUUUUGAACCCGAAAGCUUGCUUAAUAACUAUUCUUCAACCAUUUAGGUUGGUCUAAUAAAAGAUAUCAAAUUCACCCAAGGAACCUUCUUAUGGUUUCUGCACUUGCGUGUACAUUUGGAGCAUAUUCUGUGGGUCUGUGUGCUAACCUAAACCCACAGCUGGGUGAGGUAGUCUUAGCUUAAAAUGUGUCCAGAAAGAGGCUUUUCUGUGUGGUCAAUAGCAGUGGUUAGUGGUAUACCCUGGGUGAAAAUGGAAGACGCACGUAGGACAACAUUCAAGCUGUAAUUUGAAUGAACUCUGCAGGGAAGACAUUCUCAAACAUUUAGAACUGAUUUUGACACACAGGAGUCACUUGUAUUCUCCAUGAUUAAAUGAUUAAUUACUUGAAAAUAAUCUGACUCUUUUGCCUAACAGUAUGAUGAGUGGUUUGAGGGUACAGUAUACUGCACUCAUUUUAGUGUUCUAAAAUCAUGUAGCAGUGAGGAAUGCUGUAAUACAAGGAGAACAAAUGGGGCACUUGUAACUGUAUCACUCCUCUACCUUGGGUUAAGGGUAGCAAUUCUCACCUGUGCAGAGUAGAAUAGGCGUCAAUGGGAAUGGUAACUUCCUAUUUAUGUCUAUCUUGCUCUCUAAAGCUGCCAUACAACUACGCAUGGUAUAAGGCAGCAGAGACAGGCUCUUGCUUUCUUUGGGGCUCCUUCCCCCUCUUCUCCUCCCCCACCACCGCCAAUCACUUCCCUCCCUCUUUUUUCAGUUAAUUUGGCUUUCAUACAGUUGCUUAAUUUUUGCUGCUUUUGUUUCAGUAUUUAACCAGUUAGAUGCCUAUCCAUACAUGUAUGUAUGACAAUCUGUAAUAAGAGCAUAGGCAAAAAGAGCUUUGGCUGAUUUUUAAAAAAAUAAUAAUUGUAUGAAAGGCUAUACAAUAUCUGCAAAACAAAGCCAAGAAUACAGCACACAAUAUAUUGGGAUAAAGCAUGUUUAACAUCUUAAGCAAAUGUACUGAGGGCUUUAGAUGCAACACUAUCAUAAGAAAACAAUUUAGUUCUCAACCAAGCUCUUUAUUUUGAUUUUGCUAUUAAAUGUGCCCUAGCCAUUGCUUGAAAGAAUGCAUAUUAUCUUACAUACUGCAGCUCUCAACUGGAUGUUAACAUUGCAUAGGUAAAAGGUAUCCUUGAUAGAAACCAGCUGAACUGUAAAAGUACUCCUCCUGAUGUCUCUUCCAAAGUAAACUGUCUUUAAUUGGUAGAGAAUUAUUUUUGUAUUUCUUGCCAACAUUGAAAACUGGGUCUCAAGUUGUUACCUAAUAUGAUAUUUUGUUUAACAUACCCAAGUUCUGCAGUUAAAUCUGCAAGAGUCUGCUUUCACAGGUUUGAGCUAGAGUUGUAUACAGAUAGAAGGAACCAGUGAUGGAGUCUAUGGUUGCUUUUAAAAUGUAGGUUAAAGACUUCAUUUGUUUUGCUGCGCAUCUUGAUGAGAGCUGGAAAGUGUCAGGAGCCCUUCAAUUUUUCAAGUGGGAAAUAACCGCAAAAGUUGGUUGCUUUGCUUGUCUAGCACAAGUUUUAUAUUUUCAUUUCAUUUGUCUGGGGUUGAAUCUUUUUAUUUGAUGUUGUGGUCGGAGUAAAAUUAUGUGCAUGAAAUGUGCUUUUGUAAACCAGAACGUAGCCUGUUGGAUUUGGGGAUUCAUUCUGCUCACCCCACAUGCAUGGUGCUCUCUUGAUAUUAUUGGGGGAGAUAUGCAUAUGUCACUUAGUUCUCUGAAUAGCCAAAUAAAUUUUCCAGGGGAGAUGUGUGCAUUCAGGUAGACAUCGUAGUCUUGAAUUUGUAAAUUUAAUUCAUCCAUCAGUAGAACAUCUAAAACUAGAUUUUGGUAAUGGUAAUGAACACAAUCUCUUUCUUGAUAGGUAAUUAGACAUCUACCCACACAAUCUGAUUGAAAUUCUUCUUUAACCUAGUGCUACAAAGACACUAAAGAUAUAGUGCCCUAUUGCCUGAGCUAAGAGAUACAGAGAUACAAAAUUUCAUUAAUUUGCCUAGUAUUAAGCAGUGUAUAAAGGGUUGAAUUUCUAGGGUGGCUUAGUUGAAGGAAAUAAGCAAUUUUCAUUAAGUAUUCCUAAGAUGAAUAACAUCUAACCCAAUGUCUUUAUUUUCAUAUACUGUUUUUUUAAUUAUACCAGGUAACUAAGGACAAACAUGUGAGGUAAUCUCUGGGGGUGGGUUGGGGGGAGGGGGCUCUAAAAUCUACUUCUCAAUAAAGUUUCUCAUUGAGACAUUAUUGGAUUGCACUUUUGCAAAGGGAAGUGUAUAUACAUAACAAAUGAAUGUUGAUGAAAUUUAAAUAAUUGGUUAUGAUAUCAUUUGCGUGUGGUGUUAGAGGAUUUUUUUUUGUUGUGACUUCUCUGUAUUAAGACAAUAAUAAAUUCUAGAAAGGUGA